AUGUCUAAUCCAACCACGAAUACCACAAAUAUCACAAAUACCACGAUUUUAGAUGAACAAUGUGGAGUAAAUUUUACUUGUGAUCUCAGCAACUCGAGAUGUUAUCUUCCACCAACCGGACCUAUUUGUUCUGAUUUAACAAACAUAGGUGGUUAUAAAUGGAGAUUAAAUUCAACAGUAUUUCCACCCAUUGAAUAUUUAGGUAAUCAACAAGGAGUAACUGGUGGUCAAUGUGAAAGUUUUAAUUAUUCAUCUUGGUCGUGGAGUAACAAAACAUGGUUAUUGGAUUAUUUACGUCAUCAUUGGGUACCUAAUAAUGGAACCUUUUCAUACAACAAUAAUACUAUUCCAGCUGGUACUUUUAUAAAUCCAUUAGAUUAUAUAGGUUCUUGCUUUGGACCAAAUUUCUGUUCAAAUCAAAUUUGUAUAAGAAAAUAUCGAUCACCAUCCAGCUGCAAUUCUACAAAUCAAUGUUUUGAUUUUAUAUGUGGAAACUUGACUAUUGUCAAUAAUAUUACAGAAGCUUUAUCAAAUGUGACAUUUACUUGUGUUGAUGAUAAUGAGUCAAUAAUUAAUAUAUUGACAAACAAUCAAGCUCGACCUUGGAAUGUGAUACCUCCCAAUAAUCUAAAUCAUUUUCCAAACUCACCAAAUACACAAUAUGACAGACCACCCGCUUAUUCAGGCCAAGCAGUUGCUGUAAUUGCCGUAAUAGUGAUUAUAUUCUUUUUGAUAGCAAUUGGAUGUUGUAUUAAAAGGUUUAAUUCAUCAGUAGAUACAGAUAUAGAUAAUAGAAGUGUAGGUGGUAGAGUUCGUAGGACAGGAUCGGUAUUAGGUGGUGGAGGAUUAAGUAGGGGGAAUAGCAUACGAACCCUUCCUCCUUACACUGAGAUGGCAGAAGAAGAACCUUCUGAUCAACAAGGAGUCAUUACUGCGUUAACUCGAUACUUUUUUCCUCCUGGUGAAUUACCACCACCUUAUGACAGUAUUGAAUCAAGAACUGAAGAUAUUCGAAGGUUAUCAACUUUAAAUUAUGUUAGUGACGUUCAAGAUGACCCUAAUGCACCUAUUAUUAAUAAUUCCGAAGAAAUGAAUAACACUACAUUAGAUGAAGUUAGAGAUGGAGUUACUUUUGAAGAAGUAACACCAUCAGAACCAUUAUCACGACGUUCUACAAUUACAAGGCACGAAGGAUCUAGUACUAAUCCUCUUGUAUUACCUGAGGCUAGAGAUACAAGUUUUGAUAAAGAUCAAGAUCAAGUUGACGAAACAUCUAAGUUACAUACACAAUUAGAAAAUGAGAAGUAA